AAAACAUUAUAUUUUAGAGGUUUUUAAUAAUGAUCAACUCAGUUAGAUAAAGAGAGAAUAGAAAAUGUUCUUAAGUUAGUAAAUCUUUAAAUUUCAGUCUUCCAAAAAGAUCAUCAUCAUAAAUAAAGUAAUAAAUAUAUUUUAUAUGACAGAAUCCAUCAUUUACCUAGUAUCUCUAAUAAUUCAACAUUUUGUAGUAAUUCAAAUACAAAUAGUCCUCCAUAAAGUUGCUCCUAAUUAGAGGAUGAUUGUUUUGAUAGUAAAUUACUUAUUUAAUUAGUAGUUUCAAUUGUUUCUAAAAAUACAUCUUAAGAUCCAUUAAAUUACUUUAAUUAUGAUGACUUUGAUUCUUUACUUCCUAUUGUUAUUAAUGGAGUUAAAAUAUUAAAACUUGAUUGGAAUUACUUUUCAGCUUCUCCAAACAUGUUAUCCCCUUGGAAAGCACAUUGUUUUUGGACUGUUGGAUACACUUUUGAUAUUAAUAUGAGAAAAAUGAAAAAGUCUUAAAAUAUCAAAUAUCGAUUAAUUAUACAAAGUUGGUGUUGUCUCAAUAAUAAAUCUUGGGUUAAAAAUAAAUGGGAUCGAUUGUUAGAACAUGAAACUGGACAUUAUUUAAUUGGAUGUCUUUGUGCUUUAGAAUUUAAAUAAAAGUAAAUAUGUAUCAUAAUUUUAGAGCUGAUAAAUUUAAAUAUACUAAAAAUUACAGAAUGGAAUGUACUAAAUUGUUUCAAGAAAUCUUCUAAUUUUAUCUUCAAAUGGAAAAACAAUAUGAUGAAGAAACUAAUCAUAGUUAGAAUGUCUCAAAACAAAAGGAGUGGAAUUAAUUCAUCAAGUCAGAACUUUAAAAAUAUUGAUCAUUUUAUAAAUCUAUCUCAUUA